UUCUCUAUCUCUGUCCAGAACAUUUUAUUUUUUUUAGUCUCAUGGAUUUGGCCACAAGAGACCCCAAUUGGUGGGUGUUUACACUACCAGCUUUUCUUGGUUCAAAAAAUAUUCUUGAUGAAUAUGUUAUCCUCUCUAUUGUUUUAGCCUUUUGUUCAAUCACUCUAAUCACCUGGGCUUGUUCUCCUAGGGGUGUAGCUUGGAAAAACCACCCUAAUAGUGAAAUUCCUGGACCACGUGGCUUUCCGAUUAUCGGAAGCCUUUUCACUCUGAGCAGCGGUGGCUUAGCUCAUCGCUCAUUAGCCACCGCGGCUCUAAGUCAUAAAGCUAAACAGCUUAUGGCGUUUAGCCUUGGUUCAACUCCUGUAGUUGUAUCUUCUGACCCUCAAAUAGCUAAAGAGAUUCUCACUUCGCCUCAUUUUGCUGACCGUCCCAUCAAGCAGUCGGCUAAGAGCCUCAUGUUUAGCCGAGCCAUUGGGUUCGCUCCUAAUGGAACUUACUGGCGUCUACUCCGUCGUAUCGCUUCUUCACAUCUCUUCUCUCCCAAGCUAAUUGCCGCGCAUGAGACGGGCCGUCAACUUGACUGUUCCGUUAUGUUACAGAAUAUAGUAAGUGAGCAGUCGCAAAAUGGGAACGUCUCUUUGAGGAAGCAUUUACAGUUGGCUGCUUUAAACAAUAUUAUGGGAAGUGUUUUUGGAAAACGCUAUAAUAAUAAUGUAAACAGCAAAGAGCUUGCAGAGUUGCAAGAUAUGGUGAAGGAAGGUUUUGAGUUAUUAGGUGCUUUUAAUUGGUCUGAUUAUCUUCCGUGGCUGAGCUUUUUCUAUGACCCUUCGGGCAUUGUGCAACGGUGCGGAGCUCUUGUGCCACGUGUACGAAAGUUCGUCAAAGCCAUUAUUGACGAACACAGUCCUGCAUCCAAAAUAGUGUCUGAUAAUGAUGAUUUUGUGGACGUUUUAUUAUCUCUUGAUGGAGAAGAAAAGCUAGCAGAAGAUGACAUGGUCGCAGUUCUUUGGGAAAUGAUUUUUAGAGGGACAGACACCACGGCACUUUUAACGGAGUGGGUGAUGGCGGAACUUGUGUUGCACCCUGAAGCGCAAAAAACGCUACGACAAGAAGUUGAUAAUGUCACGAUGGGAAAAGUUGUGACUGAUGCUGACGUUGCACUUGCUCGGAUGCCGUACUUACAAGCAGUGGUAAAGGAGACGCUAAGAGUUCAUCCGCCAGGCCCACUUCUCUCGUGGGCAAGGCUUUCAACAUCAGACGUCCAGCUCAGCAAUGGCAUGGUUGUUCCUUCCCAAACGACCGCGAUGGUUAACAUGUGGGCUAUUACUCAUGAUUCUGAUGUGUGGGAAAAUCCGCUCGAAUUCAAGCCGGAGAGGUUGUUGGCGGCUGAAGGUGGUGAAAACGUGGACGUGAGGGGUAGUGACCUCCGUUUGGCACCGUUUGGGGCAGGGAGGAGAGUAUGCCCAGGGAAGAAUUUGGGGUUGGUCACGGUCAUGCUAUGGGUGGCUAAGUUGGUGCAUCAUUUCGAGUUUUUGGAGGAUGCGGCCCACCCAGUUGACUUGGGAGAAGUUCUGAAAUUGUCUUGUGAAAUGAAGUAUCCUCUCACUGUCGUGGCCAUGCAGAGGAAUGUUCCAUUUUAGAAUUGUGUGUCUGUUUUAUUUUCAUUUUUUACUUAUUUUUUGAUAGUUUCCUACAUCACUGAACCUUAUUGAUUGUUAAACUUGGGGCAGGAUAGGAUAUGGAAGAUCGUGUGUCUAACAUAUAUAGUAUUCCUGCAUAUAGUUACAAGUUAUCCUUGAGUCAAAUAGGAAAGCUAGAUCGACUAAUAUAUAUGGACUCCAAUUUUGAACCUAUGUAGAGAGUCCAGACUUUGUGCUCUCUCGUUUCGGAAAAAAAAAAUUAUGCUAUG